AUGGGGGCACCGCAGCAGCAGCGUGGCUCCCUCGUGGGGCCUCGGGGGCCCCCCUUUUCUCCCUUUUCUUUCCUUCUAAUCUUUCUUUAUUUGAGUUUGUCUCCUUUUGUCUCUUUGCCGUUUUUCGGGGCCCCCGGCGGCGUCUCUUUUGCUGCAGCGCGGCCUGCGGAUCCCGCUGCUGCUGCUGCUGCUGCUGCUGCUGCUGCAGCUGCUCCUGCUGCUGCUGCUGCGGCUGGCCCUGCGGCUGCUUCUGCCGCCGCGCUCCGCGAAGCGGCCCCAGAAGCGGCUGCUGCAGCAGCUGCUGCUGCCGGCGCUGCUGCUGCGGGCGGAGCUCCCGCUGCAGCAGCAGCUGAAGCGCCCGCUGCAGCAGCUGCAGCAGCGCCUGCUGCUGCAGCAGCCGCUGCAGCGCCUGCUGCUGCAGGCGCUGCUGCAGCUCCGGGUGCAGCUGCGGGGCGGGCGCGGUCGCGAGCAGCAGCAGCAGCAGCAGCAGCAGCAGCAGCAGCAGUGCGGAGCCCGCCGCGGAGCGUGGCGGAAGCAGAAGCAGCAGCAGCAAAGUGGGUCUGUGGGGCGGACACAAGUCUUUAUUUCUUCAUUGCAAAUCCCACUUCUGGGGAUCGACUUGGGGAGAAGUUUUUGAAAAGAUUGCCAUUAGCAGCAGCAGCAAUUGGCUGCAGCAGCGUGAUGGUCUUUUCGCAGCAAGACGCAGCUUCCAUGUCUUUGGCGCUGCGCUGCAUUGCAGCAGCAGCAGCAACUCGCGAGCUGCUGCACCUCGGCCGCCAGCAGCGGGAAGCAGCAGAAGCAGCAGCAGCAGCAGCAAAGGCAGCAGCAAAGCUGCAGAAGGCGCGGGCUGCUGCUGCGGCCGGCGGCGCGGGCGCUGCUGCUGCUGCUGCGGGCGCCGAGGAGGCCGCUGCUGCUGCUGCUGCUGCUGCUGCUGCUGCUGCUGCUGCUGCAGCAGCAGCAGCAGCAGGAGCAGCAGCAGUCCCGCUCGCGGACCGCGUGCGAGUUAUUGCCGUCGGAGGCGACGGAGCCUUCAACGGAAUGCUGGAGGCUUUGCGGAGUUUCGAAAUGACAGAAAGUUCAGAAAAAGAAAAUAAAAAUAAAAAUAAAAAUAAAAAUAAAAAUAAAAAUAAAAAUAAAAAAAAAAUUAAUUUGAACUUCCUUGCUGCUGGCAUUGUGCCCUCCGGCACGGGAAACGACUGGGCCAAUUCUUACGGCUGGACCCGCGCGAGUUUUCCCCGCAAAAACCCUCUCCGCAGAAAAAAGUAA